GAAAAAGACGGGUCCCAUUUAUAAACUGACAGAAAUUUUUUGUUUAAGUUAGUAACUUGUAUCUUUAAACCUGUUUUUCAUGUAUGAUGUUAUGAAGAAAUUACCAAAUGUUUUAAAUGCCAUAAAAGACACAAUGAAACUACAAAAAUGAGCCCGCAUGGCCAGACCCAGAGGAAUAAUCCUCGAACGAAACAACAGGACAAUGAAAAUGUUGACAAUGACGCCGAAAACAGGCCACCAAAGAAGCUGAAGAAAGCUAAAGGAGACAAAUCAAAGCUUAAGAGGCCACUCAUUACAAAGGCUAAACAAAAACUUUCACAUGCUGAACGCCAAGAAGCAAGAAGGAAAAAUGUACUGAAGAUUGUCAAAACAACACGAGGAUGCUAUUUCAUAGGUGUCGAUGGCGAAGGUGUUACUUGGCUUAGGAACAGCAGUCUUCCACAAGCUAAUGUUCAAGGCAGAAGGCAGCUGGAAGAAAUUCCAGCACAGAAUCUUGAGCAUCUGAUAAUACUGGCUUCACUGCAGAACAACAGUCUGCCAGAAGCAAAUCUUCAAAGCUUGAGAAGGCAGCUAGAACAAAUGGCUCAACAGAAUCUUCAGUCAGUGGGGCAUCUGAUUAUACAUGCUUCACUGCUGGGCGACAGGCUUCCAGAACCCAAUAUUCCGAGUGGGAGGAGGCAGCUAGAACAAUUACCUCCACAGAUGCUACAGCAUUUGAGUAUUCAAGUUUCUAGCUUGGCUUGGCCAAAUUAGACUGUCAGGCAUUAGACAGCAAUAUCAAAAAGUUAUGAUCUUAACAUAGAUAUAGCCAUGUUUUGGGUAAAGGGUUGUGAAACUGUCUCAUAACGUCAUUAUUUUGCUUAUACAUUCACUUUGUGAAAAAAAUGCUUUUCUUAACAUAUAGCUUGACUCUGGAGUCAUAAAUUAAUUCUUGUAUACAAAUGUCAUUUCAUACAGACUAUAAAUUGGUGCUUCUAGGAAAAAAGAAAUUUUACCCUCUGACAAGGAUGUAAUUUAUAUCUAGUUGGUAGUUGCCUCCAGAUUCUUGAAAAUGAGAGCUUAUGGAAUCUCAAUAUAUCAGGGCUAUACCAGUAAAACAUAUAACCCAUGAGGGGAAGGCAAUUAUAUUCUUAGUAUAUGGGUGGGUGUCUUUUUUCGCUAAUUUGUCCCAAAAAGGGUAAAUUUGCUUCUGUAGGGAGGUGGUAUAAUUUAAAAGUGCCUUACCCCCGGGGUUAUAUGUUUAAAAGGAAUAGCCCUCCAGUAAUUCAACUGCAAUCUCAUUACUACCGGUAGUCAUUUAUCAAAACAUUAACCACUUACCUCAAUUUACAACUCAUUGGCACAUAAACGGAAAACUGGCUAGACCAAUUUCAACGCAUAACUAAGUGCUCCAAUGAUUACCUACCAUUUUAUUGGUCAAUGCAUUUUUGAGGGCAAUAUUUUUUUAAACAUAUUUUUUUCAUUGAAGCCAAACUUGUGGCCAAAUUUUCUUUAUGUGAUAUUAUAAUGGUUUUGUUUUGUUAUAAAUUCACAAAUAAUAUUUUUAACUAAUAUCACUAUUUCUAAAUUUGCAUUGUUUCAUGUUGUUUUCAUGUUUUUAGGAUUUCAUGUUAUUUAUAUUUUGAUACAUUGGUUGGUUUGUUUCAUUAAACACCAUCAUUAUAAACAUCUUGACCAAGUAUAAUUUGACAAGAAACAACGCAAUAUAACGAAAUCAGGUUGUCAAUGAUUGACAGAACAACUUUGGUCUAUGUUGUGAGAAUUAUAGCCAAGCUGCUUUGUUGUGUGUAUAAGAACAUGACAAUUUGAUCAUGUAUUUAUGUAUAAAAUAAUUAAAAUUUUGUAAUCAA